GAUGAACUUUACCGGGCCGUGGACAAGGUGCGCCCGCGGAACGUAACCAACGUCAACAAACGAUUGUUGGCCAACGCGGUGCGGCUGGUGGUCGAGGACGCCGCGGGAGAUAGAUCGAUGCUUUCCAAUGUCGUGGACGUGGAUGAGGGCAUGGCAGAGCACUACUUGACCGAGCCCACGUCGGCAGCCAUCUUUUUUGAUUUCGAGGCGGCCUUCCCGUCCAUCGAGCGCGGCUUCAUGCUUCGCGAGGACUCCUGGCUCGGACCUAUGGCGAAGAUGGUGGACAGGGCCACUACGCGGGGCGCCCUCGGCCCUGGCGUUUUCUUCACAUGCGAGGCAUUUCGCGUCUUCAUUGCUGCGGUUGUCAUGCUCGUCGCCCAACUUCGAUCGCUGCCAGAGGCCUUCGGCGCUGCCGAAAACCGGGCCUGCUCGAAGCUUUUCCCGGGCCCGAGCUCGUGGACAACCUUUGCAUUCAUGGCCCAGCUGAAGAACAUUGGUUUCCCGCGCGAGCUCAUGGACGUCCGCUGCGCAGCGAUUGCCGCGCAGGCCAGGGUCGCGCACUUCGAGGACAUCCGACACGGUGGCCUGCGGGUGCGAGAACGAGCCCGACUUCUCCGGGAGCUGAUGCUCGGCGACGAGAGGGGGGCGCUACUGCCCGGAGUGAGCGCGCGGCUGGAGAAUAACACCGCGUUUGUCCUGCAGGCGGCAGGGGAGCACGUGCGCGACGCAGAACGUCGCCACGGACUUCCUCCGACCCGCGCGGCCUCGACGCCGUGCAAGCUCAAGGUGAAGGCGCCCUGGCAGGCCACGCGCGCGCGGGCGCUGCUGGCGAAUCGCCCCCGGGCCCCGGCCGACGCGCCGAUCCGCCGGAAGCUGGACCUCUGGCCCGUGGAGAUGCCCAACGGUAGCCAGGUGAG